GAACUGGCGUGUGUGACUGGCAGUGCGAUCAGUGCUGAGCAGAGCAAAGCAGAAACGCUUUUAUUUAAUCAGACAUUAGAUACUAACUGUCUGUUUUUGUUGUUCAUGGAGUUGACGGUUAACGUGCCGCCAUUUUAUGAAUAUCCCCUGUCAGCAUGAAUCUCGGAGACGGCCUGCUGUUUGAACUUGAAAAUGGAAAACCCAAGUUGAUUUUACUCAGUCAUGGCAUUGAGAAGAAUCCAACAAAGCUGUCCUGCAGGCCCAGAGCGGCGAACAUCCUGAGCUCCAGGCAGCCGUCCUGUGUGGAGGAGGUGCAGGGAGAGCAGCGUCCAGCCCGACAGCAGGCAGGGAGACACAAAGAAACCAAAAGUAAGGCAGGAGUAGCAACCAUCUCCAACACCGGGAGGAAGAGCACCACUCUGACAUCAUCCAAGACAAAUGAGCUGAAAGGGGGAAGCAUCAAAGUUGAGGCUAAGGUGAAGUUGGACAGACAAAAACACAGCACUGCUGUCAGCUCCCUGAGAGCCAAUGGCAAAACAGGACAGCCUCAGAACACAGGGACACGAACGGGUGGGAAGGUAAAGGACACGCUGACCAGUCGAGACACAGGACAGAAAGACAGUGUGGUGUGUCUGACCAGUGAGCAGCUACAGCAGAUCCUCAACACUGUCCAGACCACCAGCAAUGGCCAAGACCCACCACAGGACCAGAGGACCCAGAACGAAAAUCAAAUAGACUCAGAUUCUGGUGCUUCAGUCAAUGUAGGAAGAGAGAAGGAGAAAGACGGAGGAGGAAUUGACACAACUGGAAGCUCACAGGAUAAAGAAAGCAGGUCGUCUGGAUGUCUGUUCAGCUGGCUGGAAGAGAAACAGUCAGAGAGCAGAGCGGCCAUCGACGCCAAGAAGGCUCAGUGGCGGAGAGAACUAGAUGAACAAGUGGCACUGAAGCAGCAGCAGCAGUGUUCGGCUCCUGGCAGACUGCAGGCUGAGGAGGACACAGAAAGUGUGUUAUCAGUUCAGAGCUCCAUCAGCCACAGAGAACUUCCUGCAGCCGUCAGAUCCAGCCUCAGACUCGGGGAGGUCACUCCGAUGGAGGAUGUGCUGAAUGUGGAGAGGAGAGAGGAGCAGAGGAGACGCUGGCUGGAGGAGCUGGACCAUCAGAGAGAGGAGGCGACUGAGCGCAGGAGACGAGAGAAGGUGCUGCAGAGACAGACAGAGGACCACGAGCUCUGGGCCACACACUUUGACUCGCUGCACAGAAGGCCUCCCAUCCAGACUGCAGCUCCAUCAGCUCCACCUCCAGCACCGUGUAAUGUCUCUGAUCGAGGGGAGUGGGAGCCCACGUCCAGCCUGUCUCUGGUGUGGGAGGCCAUGAGCAGCUGUGGAGCAGAGAGCGUCGGGGGAGCCAGCAUAGAUAUGACCAGCGGAUACCCGACCAGAGCCAGCCAUCUGAGGACCAUGACCGCCCUGCUGGACCCCGCCCAGAUAGAGGAGAGAGAGAGGAGGAGGCUCAAACAGCUGGAGCAGCAGCGAGCAAUCGAAGCCCAGAUGGAGGAGCGGCGGCGACAGAGGGAGCAAGAACAGGCGAGGAGGAGAGAGGAGGAGGAGAGGGAAGAGAGGAGAGUGGCACUGGAAAGAGAGAUGCUGGAGAGACGGUACGAGCUGGACACACAGAGGAAGAAGGAGCAGUUGAGCCAUCAGGCCGAGCAGCCACACAAAGAUCAUGAUGACGACCGACAUCAAGAGAUUCUGGAGCCCAGCGCAGUGACAAGACAGGGCGAGUGUUUGGAGGAGGGCAGCAGUUCAGCCUCCACCUACAGAGACACUGCAGUCCAGACAGAAGCAGCUCCUUCUCUCGCGCCCACAGCCGACAGAGUUCAGACACCUCACGUCUCUGCUCAGUUCCAGCCGCCUCCAUCUCUGUCUGCUGCUGCUGCUCCUCCUAACAGCAGGACCCGAGCGUUGAGAACAGGCAAGGAGAACAUCUGUCUUACUGGAGGAGGUGGAGGAGGAGGAAGUGGAAGUGGAGGAGACCCAUAUGAGGCAUUUGCCAGGACAGAGAGAAACAGGAAAGACAAGAGGAGGCCGGAGUGGAACACACAGAGGCCCAGUCGUCAGUUCAUUCCAGCCUCAGCACGUUACCCGGCCUCCCUGCAGAGGAACAGACAGGAGAGUCGGAUGAAGAGGCAGGCGGAGCUCCUCACUCUGCAGGAGAGGACCUGUGUGCCCAGAGCCAACCCUCCUCCUCCUCUUCUUCCUCCCUCUCUUCCUCAGAACCUCUGCUCCAACCCCACGCAGACCAGAACCAGUCCCACCAGGAAGGUGGAAAACGUUUCCAGGGGACACGACGUCUCCACAGCCAUCAACAGUGAAAGGGGGCGCUCUCCUCCGGUCCCUGCUGUCAGACACAGAGUUCAGAGUCAGCAGGCGCCGACCUCCUCCACCUCCACCACUCCUCCUCCUCCUCCUCCAGUCCUGGAGUUCAUUCCUUACGUCCGGACUGAUGAAGUCUUUAACCUGGAUCCACUGGAGUCUGCUGACACACCACCACCCCACAUACGCACAGCAGCUCCUCCUGAUCCCUCACAUCGGGAUCCUCUCCUCCACCCGGAGCUGCUCCGUAACAAACACACACCCCGACAGCAGGAGAUCCUCAGAGGCCUGGCCCAGCUACGGCAGGGUUUAUUGCAGAAGCAGAGGGAGUUGGAGACGGAUCUGAAUCCUCUACUGAAGCGCCAUGAAAAUGUACUCCGGUGACCUCUGACCCCUGACCUCAGUGUGUGUGCUGACUGUGAUCAGUGUGUUUGUGUGUCAAGGCGAAGAAGUAACACUAUGGUCUGCUGCUGUAACAGAAAACCUUCAGUUUUCUCUGAUUCAGCACUUGAUGUUCAAUGUGCCACAGCGAGGAGUCACUUUGAUUAAGGUUCAGAUUUCACCUGGAUGUCAACAGAUGAAGCAGAUUUGAGAGAUUUUUCAAAGUAACACUGAAGGUAUCACAGUAGAUUUGACAGAUCAAUACGUCCCACUUGCCCUGUAUGUGUUUACCAUCAGGAGGCAGAAGUAAUUUAAUCCAGCAUUAAUCCAACAAUACGAGACUGUUUCCCAAAUGUUACAAUCCUUUGCAAUCCUGAUAUUUUAACUGUUGAAAACAGGGCUGGAUGAUACGAUAUGUCUCAUCGUGAUAUGAGACUAUACAUAGUGAUCUUAUGGAAUGUUAUGGUUCUAACGUGAUGUGUUUGCUGUUUUUUAAAGGUUCAAUUACAGUAAAGUGAUGUUAUUUGUAAUUGUGAGUGAGUAUCAAUAGUCAUCCUUAAUAAUGUUGCAAUAUCAGUAUAGAAGGAUUUGGUAAAAAAAUAUUGUGAUAUUUGAUUUUGCUGCCCGCUCUUAGCAUUUCUGAAAUGCUUGAGGAGAUUUAAAAUGUCGAUAGAUAUAUUGUGUUUUUCACGAUAUAUAGCUUAAGAAUAUUGCAAUAUUAUUUUGAGGCGUGUGGCUCACAUCAGGAAGCUGCACUGAUUUUAAACAAUGAGUGGUGAGAGUCAGACGGGUUGAAGUGGCAUUUUGGAUAAAAUUAGUUUUGUCAAAUUAAAGCUCUGAUCGAGCUCUUUACUGCCAAAAGGAAACCGAAAAACAGUCCAGAGUUAUCAAUCAAAAGACCUUACGCUGAACACUCAACUAUUUUUGGCCAAAGGGACUUAAGUUUUCUGACAUGUGUUUAUUAUAAUUGUUUUAAUUCAUGUAAAAAAAAUAUUUAUCAAGCAUGUGAUGUUGCACAAGUUGGAUAUUUUGAUAUUGAAGAUUGAAUUUUAUAGAAAUGUUUUGUCUCGGCUCUCAUGUAAAGUUGGUUAAAUGUCACUCGCGUCCCUCUGGUUCUCACUCCUCGACAUCAAAGUCUGUAUAUAUAACCUCUAUUAAACUAGCAGGUAACAUUGAGAUAAGUGUGUCUUUUACAGGUGAGAUUUGAUGUGUUUACUGGUGUUUUAAGGCUAUACAGAGAAUACUAAAGCAUAUGUGAGGCGGCUGCACAAAAUCUGAAAAACUGUGGUGUGAUGUCAGUCGAGUCGAGUGUCGUUUGAGCCUGAAACUGCAAGUUUAAAAACAAAACUGAUCUGUAAUCUGAGCAGACUGCUGCCGCUUGUCUUCUCUACUUCAGGCCGAACGGCGUUUAAUUUAGAAUUUGAUACAGAUUUACAGAAUGUGACACAGCAGCACAGACAUCUUUAAAUCUGCUCCUGCAGUUCUACCUCACUUCAAGAUCUUUAAUACCACGAUUGCUUGUCUGAAACUAAAAUACCAUUUUCUCUCACCUGAUACGACAAAACAUGUUUUCCUCUGCUCACUAACUGCAUGAAUGACCACCAUUUUAUGUGAAGAUUGUAUUUAAAAAUUAAGUUUUCAAAAGCACUUUUCAUCAAAAUUGACACUACGUACCCAACGGGUAUCAGGUUUUAUCUUUUCUUCUUCUUUGGGGUUUGAGGCACCACUCUGCCUUUCUCUGGCUCGUCCUUCCUGCAGAGGCGAUUUAUUUAAAUCAUGAAUGAAAGAUGAGUUUGUGUGUUUCUUCAGCUUCCUGCUGGUCGAGGAGCUGUGUUUCCACUUCUACUUCUGUGGUAUUGAAAAUGUUCUAGUUUCAUUGUAUUUGUGUAUCUUUAUUUAUUGCAAAUGUAAUAAAUAAUGUAAAAUGAA